UGCGCCCCGUUAGUUGUAACGAAAGCGCGGUUGGGAACCGACGCCUAUUGACGAGAUAAAUAUAGAUUUUUUAUUUUUCACAAAGGACAAUGGUUUAGUGUUCACAAUUAGUGUUUAGAAAAACAGUUUUUAUUUCGACUUUGUACUGUGUGUAGUGGUUGCUUCAUAAAGGCUAUCUUUGACCCCAGUUAAUGCCACGUUGUUUCAGAUUUGUACAUGUAUAAGUUUCAGUAAAUAGCCUUUAUAAAGCAUUCAUAUUUAAUGAAGAUGUAAAUAAAACUUUUAAAAUUCAUGACGUUGAUUCAAGUGCUAAAGACUGAUAAAGCUUGAAAUGAUACAGCCGAGCUGAAACAAGCGCUAUGAUCGCUUCUAGCGAACUCUCGCCAACAUGGCCGACGAAGAAGAAAAACUGCCGAUACCUCCCACAUUCCUUGAGAAACUUCUCUUCUACACAACAGCAACUUUCGUCCUUCUCGCAAUCUUCAGUCUCUUUGCCUUCCUUUUUUUAGUACCAUUCGUCAUAGAACCAGCAUUUACAACUAUAUUUAUGCAGUUUGAUCCUGUCGCAGCAUUGUGUGUAACAACGGAAGUUAAACAGUUGCUUGGCGUGAGUAACUGCUCAUGGGCAUCAUGCAGAGAAGGCUGCACUAAAGAUCUUUUCGAGUGUACACAAAUCAGAGUAAACUAUAAACUCGGAUACUCACCAAAUAUAUCAGCAACUGAAUACGAGGAGCUUAUCAGAGCUGAAAGAUCUCUACGAAAAGAUUACGAAUACGAAAAUUACGAGUCACCAAUAGAUAAACUAGAUCCAGAAAUGGAACAACAGGAAUUAGAAGAUAUAGCACCUACUGGUUUGCAAGGUGAAGACUCGGAAUGGUACUUUACUGGAGCAAGACUAUUUCCAAAUGUUAAGGGAUGCGGAUAUCCACCGAUUUUGAAUUGUACAGUAUUCUAUGGAAAGUAUAAGCCAAUUGGCAAUAAUUAUACGUGCUACUAUAGCCGGAUUGAUCCUGGAUUAGUGAUCACAGAAUUAGAUAUGUGGCAGAACACGCUCAAUUUAGUUUACGCCAUGGCUAUACCGAUUCCAUCCUUUUUCAUUUCGGUGAUAUACUUAACAUUUGCGUACUUCAAAAUAUAUAAUACCGAGGAUGAAUCCGAACAGGCCCCAUUACAGAGUGAUGCAGAGGCAAUGGCUACAGGAGACGAUGGAAAGCCAACUACUCCUGGUUCGGACACGUUUAGAGAAGAUCUGGCAUGUUUUGGUCAUCAAUUGAAGUUACAACUGGCUAAUGAUAAGCCGAAAGAAGGAUUUGAAUCAAAUAGUCCUCCAAUUUCAAAUUCGGCUUCAUUGUCUGGGACCAAAUCAUCUUUCGUGAACGCCUAAUGAAAGUCACCAAGAUGACAGGACUCCUGAAGAGGCUUCGGGUAUAAAGUAUACCAUGAACUGACGUGAAAAGACGAGACUCAUCACCUGGCCACAAUCAUGCUUUCACGGUCACUUUUCACGUGAUCGCUUGCUGUUUUUCCGAGAAGAAAUCAAGUGAAGUGACAAUUUAAAAUGUGUUGUGAAAUUGUUCAUUUUUCGUGACAGCAAAACUUACGAUAAUGGAGACAAAAACGGCACGAUUUUUAUUAUAGAAACAAGAACGUAUACAUGUAUUGCAAUUUCGAAACAAUAUAAAGAAAUAUUUAACUAACAAUAGCGCAAUUCUAAGCAUGUUGUCACGAAAAUAGUUAAUUUAGUUCUAAGUUAUAAUUUAGUUUAAAAUCACAUGGCGCUUAUGUAUAGAAGAUUAUUUAAAAUUAUGCUGUGUUUAUGAAAUGCACGCAUAACACGUACACAAAAUGUUUCAGAAAUUUUAAUUAUAUUUCUUUAUAUGAUGCAUUGAAUAAUUUAAAAGCUAAGGGUACUCGAAAACAAUACUAAGCUAGUACACAAAUAUUUUGUACAAUUCAUAUACCACGUAAUAAAUCGAUUCAAAAAAUCGUCCCUGCCUACGAGUAUCGAUUUUCCGUCCCAUGCUUUUUAAAAAUUCAACGAUACUUAAUGUCCAUAGCUACCCGAAUCGACUUCUAAUUAAGGCUUUUGAACCAAACUAUUUUUAAUUUCUUAAAAGCCUCCUAAUGCUAUUUUCCGUCUAAAAUGCUCAAUAUUAAAAUUUCAAAAGUUAACACUAUACAGUCCCGAUUUCACAAACUAUUAUAUAAGAUCUUUCAAAUCGUUCAGAACUUUAUGCUAAACUUAAUUGCUAAUAGAGGUAUGAUUAAAAAGCUUAUUUGCCUUCUACCUUUCAUUUUAUAUAAUAAUAUAAGAUUUCACUGCUAUUACUAAACUCAUGUGCAUAAUACAAUUAUUAAAUUUUUGAGUUCCAAUAUUUUUGUGUAGUUUAAAAUUAUACUUUUGUAUAGCUAGCAUUUUCUAUCAAACUCAAUCUACGGAAAGAAAAGGUUUAGGUUUUAUGCUCUUUUCACAUGUGCUACGAUUUGUAAUAAUAAUGCUUAAAAUGUAUAACAUAUUGACUUAAAUUUGUAAAACAAAUAGAAUUCAAUGAAAACUGUGUCUGAAUAUUAAACAUACCUUAUAGGUGGAAUUUUCGACAUAAAUGUGAUAUUUCUAUUAUUGAAUAUUCUGGUAGAACGUUAAUUACGUCUAAAUAUUCGCUUGUCAAAUUUAAGACUUUAUGUUAUCCAAUGUAUCUUAGAUGCGUUUUAUAAUUGUUUUAAAGUAUUCAAAUGAUCGACUAUAUGUUUAAAACGUUCACAUAUUUUUAUAAAAAAAAAUCAUCACAAUAAUAAGUCGCAUUAAUUCUAUUUGUUGUACUAAAGAGGCUAAAAUUAUAUUAUAAUAAAGGCUUAUGUACAUUGCAAUUAAGCUUAAAUCGACACUAUUCGAAAAAUUUGUAAUAAGUAUGCAAUGCUAUUAUUAUUUUUUACCGUUAUAUAUACCUAUAUGUAGUUUAUAUAGAGUUCAUAAAUAUAAUCAUAUUUGGAAAAAAUAUUGCUCGAUAAAGACAUUGAUAACAAUAUUUAAUUCACAAUUUAAAAUUUUGGCAAAUAUAAUUUGGAUGUUCGUGUUUUAGGGAAAAAAAUGUUGACAUUUAUAGAUGAUUUAAAUAAAAAAUAAUUAUAAGAACGCUUAGACUGUGAAGAAAUAAUAUUAAAAUUAGAUUAUCGCAAAAAACCCACGCGCACAUUUAGAUUAUAAAAUUAAAGGAUGAGACUUGUAAAAUCUUAAGAUUUUAAAAACACACAUUCAAUUUUUUAUGUAUUGUUUAUUUUAAACUUCUGUCAUGUCUUGAUUUGCGAAAGUAUAUACAAAUUUCUAAGCAAGAGUUAUAUAAUUAGUUACAUAACUAAUCAAUACAUAUUGAUUAUAAUAUAUAUCUCCUCGAACUCCGAACACAUAAAAUUUAAUAUCCGAGGUCAAAGUAAAAAAAUCAAUAAUUAAACUGAUUUGAAAGCCCCGAUACUCUGUCAUCUUUACAAGUCUCACCCUUUCAAAUGCAAUUAUUUAAUAAAAACAAUUAAAUAUUUACGCUUCUUUAACUUUACGAUUAACUCAUUAAGAUAUAUUAAAGUGAUUUUUGUCACACUUGAUACGUAAUCAAGAAAUCAAAAAGCAAUGACAUUAUAUCAAAUAGUAAUUGUCAAUUUAAGUUUAUUAAAUAUAUUUCGGUUGUGUAUUUAACUAAGCAUAUUUUUUGUAAUUAACGUUUUAGUAAACUUUAAAUUCUCAUUAAUAAUGUAUAUAAUUAUGUACAAGUUUGAUUGCUGUUGUCUUUAAAUCACUAUUAUUAAUAAUUUUAAUGUUCCUUUAAAAAUCUUUGCUUCUAUGUGAUAUUGCUUAUGUGAUGAAUAAAUUAAUGUUAUUAUAAAAUUACAUAACUAUGUCCCUAACACUUGUAAUUAAACGAAACAUAUUUAGCAUUAUUUUGGAAUAAAACCACAAACACUGCCAAGAAGUGGUCACGCUUUCGAAUCUUGUCCAUAUAAAAUAAGAACAAAAAAAAACUAUAAAAUACGCGCUCAUAUAAAUAAUACUUUUGUUUUUAAACCUUUCUUUAUGUUCUCAUUCAAACUUUUUAUGAUUUUCAUACAUAACUAAAUUAAUAAUGUAAUUGAUUAACAUAAUACUCUCAGUGAUUUUUGUAUUCUAAGUUAUAGAAUGCAGUAAUUGCAACUUUAGCUUCGAAAUAUUCACUACUCAUUUAAAUAACUACCUUUAAUAAAGAGGUAGAACGAAACAUUAGUAAAUUUAAGUAUAUAAAACCAAUUAAUAAGCUAUGAAAGCGUGCGCGUAAUCAAUGGUUGUAAUAAUUUGUGUUGCAAUAACUUUCCUAAUAAAUUAAUGUGCCUAAAAAGGACACCAAGCGCAUUUGCUGCAUUUGCUGAUGUAUAUAAACGGUAGAGGGCACAAGUUAAUUUAAGCCUUAUAUGUGUUAAGCUAUUAAAGUCCUAUGACAUAGUAAUGUCUGCAACUCCAAACAUUUGGAGCGUAAAAACUAUUGUCCAAUUUAAGCAAUUGAAAUCCUGAAAUGUAAAUAUUAUUUUUAUUAUUAUUGUGACAUUAUGGCUGUUGUAAUAAUAAGUAUUUUAAUUGACUUUACAAGCACGCUUAGCUACAUCCGCUUUACUAACUUAUUUAGAUAAUAUUGUUAUUGUUCCAAUAGAAUGAGCAUUAUCGUGCGAGUUAUAAGCCAUGUUCUUAUUAAUUUGCGAGCAAAUGUAAUCUCUUUAUUCCGACCGCAGGAGACGGCCAGUGCUUAUAAAUGGAAAGAUAAAAUACAAAUAUGUCCAAGGAUUUAAAAAUAUGACAAGAAUAAAUUUAAUAACAUGCGUGAGAUAUAAGCAAAUUUUUGUCACAUUCGUGAAAAUCUAGCUCAUUUUAUUGUCAUUAUUUCGCUGGUGAAACUUAUUUUUAAACUGUUGCCUUAAUAUAUCGUUUUGUAUUAUAUAAUAUAAAUCUAGUAGUAAAUAUAACAUUUAUUGGCUUCAA